UCAGCGUCAUGACAGCAUCCGCACAUGCGCAUUGCGACAAGUAAACAUCAUGGCGGCGUCCUGGCAGCGGCUGUCGUGGGCCGGCAGGUGUGCGCUCAGCCGGCAGGUGUGGAGGACGGACCCCGUCAGGAGGCCCUCAGCUGCUCUGCACCGCCACCUGGCGACUCGAGCCGCCGGCCAGGUGAUCCUCAACGUCCCUGAGACCAAAGUGACGGCGCUGGAGAACGGCCUGCGCGUCGCCUCCGAGGACUCCGGCCUCUCCACCUGCACGGUCGGCCUCUGGAUCGACGCUGGCAGCCGCUACGAGAAUGAGAGGAACAACGGCACGGCACAUUUCCUGGAGCAUAUGGCGUUUAAGGGAACCAGAAAACGCUCCCAGCUGGACCUGGAGCUGGAGAUCGAGAACAUGGGAGCCCACCUGAACGCGUACACGUCCCGGGAGCAGACGGUGUAUUACGCCAAGGCUUUCUCCAAGGACCUUCCACGAGCUGUGGAGAUCCUGGCAGACAUCAUCCAGAACAGCACGCUGGGCGAGGCGGAGAUCGAGAGAGAGCGAGGCGUCAUCCUGAGGGAGAUGCAGGAGGUGGAGACCAACCUGCAGGAGGUGGUGUUCGAUUACCUGCACGCCACCGCCUACCAGGCCACGGCGCUGGGCCGCACCAUCCUCGGCCCCACCGAGAACAUCAAGACCAUCAACAGAGCAGACCUCGUGGAGUACAUCACCACGCACUACAAAGGGCCCAGGAUAGUUCUUGCUGCUGCUGGAGGCGUUUCACACGAUGAGCUCAUUGAUUUGGCCAAGUAUCACUUCGGGAAGCUUCCCACCAGAUACAAGGGCGAGGCCCCGGCACUGCCGCUCUGCAGCUUCACAGGAAGUGAGAUCCGGGUGCGUGACGACAAGAUGCCGCUGGCUCACAUCGCCAUCGCAGUGGAGGCGGUGGGCUGGUCACACCCCGACACCAUCCCCCUCAUGGUGGCCAACACUCUGAUCGGGAACUGGGACCGCUCCUUCGGUGGAGGUGUCAAUCUGUCCAGUAAGCUGGCUCAGAUGGCCUGUCAGGGCAACCUGUGCCACAGCUUCCAGUCGUUCAACACGUGCUACACGGACACGGGCCUGUGGGGGCUCUACAUGGUGUGUGAGCCCGGCACCGUCAGAGACAUGAUGCACUUCACUCAGAUGGAGUGGAUGUCCCUCUGUACGAGUGUGACGGAGAGCGAAGUGGCACGAGCCAAGAACCUGCUGAAGACCAACAUGCUGCUGCACCUGGACGGAUCCACGCCCAUCUGCGAGGACAUCGGCCGACAGAUGCUGUGCUACAGCCGCAGGAUCCCUCUGCACGAGCUGGAGGCCAGGAUCGACGCCAUCGAUGCCACGACCAUCAAGGACGUGUGCACCAAAUAUAUUUACGACAAAGCUCCUGCCAUCGCAGCUGUUGGGCCGAUUGAGCAGCUGCCAGACUACAACCGGAUCCGCAGUGGGAUGUUCUGGAUGAGAACCUGAUCCUCAACGCUCCCGGGAUAAACUAGCUAACCGGCUGCUGCAGCCAACUGUACAGUAUAUAAAAACAGAGUAUUAGUCUGUCUGUGGUGUGUUUUUUUUCCUCCUUUAAUUUUUAUUAUAAAAUAAAGACCAACACAAUAAUGUUAAAAUAA